AAUUUAGCUUGAGGGUCAGUCAGUCUCAAAUGCGAGAUCAUUGAUUGUAAUAAAAUUCGAAAAAUUUAAACUAAAUAAACAAGCACAACAAUGAAUAAAUUUCUGAUAGCCUUAUUUGUGAUUGCAGCAAUACAGUCCUCUCUAACCCUGCCGUUGGAUAAUGAAAAUGCAGUUCAAUCUCUAAAAGAUACUCAGCGUUAUAAACUAAUUGAGGACGCCUAUGGAAAUUUUCAAAAAAGUCUAUGGCCUGUGGAAGUCUUUCCCUCAAUGUUGAAUUACAUCAAGGAUUUAAAGAAAUGGUCGGAAAAUGAUGCUGCCCUAAAGAACUCUCCUCAGCAUGUGUCACUUCGCCAAAGCAUAGGCAAAUGUUUAGAGCUAUUGGAGAAACUUGCAACGGAUGCAGAUAACUGUGAGCUUCAAAUAUCCUUGCGAACGGAACACGAGCGGCUAAAGAAACUUUUCAAGUCACAGGAAAAUCAUAAACUUCAAGAGGGAUGGCUUAUGAAAUAUGCCGAUAUGAUGUUGGUCAUGCGUCCCAUUUUGAAAAAAUCUUCCGAAAAGUUCCAUUUGUGGCUGGCAACCACUGUGCAGACUUUUAUCAAUAGUUUGGAUGCGAAUGGCAAGCAGGAGAAUGACGACAUUUUGCAUUGGUAUGAGAAAUUUGCCAAGGAAGACGAUGACAUCAGGCAACAUAUUUUAGCUAUUGAAUUUAUGGGCCUAUUUCCCGACGAGCGACCUAUUUUGGAGGCAAAGUGUAAAAUUCAAUUUGCAAAUAAUUUUUAGAAGAAGAAUUGGAAACAUAUUGUAAGAUUUUGGAACUCCGCAGCAAAAUAACCAAUAAACGCAAUUGAGAGAAAAUUAC